CCCCAGACCCCAACCCGAUAAACCCCUCUCUACGGUUACGCCCCCGCCCCAUUUCACGAGGCCGGAUCGCAGCCGGGUCGCGAGUAACCAUCGCCCACAAAAGGCCCAGCCUACGUGCUCUCCGCCUCUCCCUUGCCUUCGGCCUUGGCGUUGUGGCAACGACACCCUAAGCAGACUGCGCACCAAACACCCGCGCACGCUGCCGCACCGCACGGUCCGCACCCAACAAAAAGCUACGGCCUCGCUGCUCUCGAGAGCCCGGAUGGAUCCCACGUUAAGGGCCGUGCUGAGCCAUGGGGGAGCAGGCGGCGGCGACGGCGGCGGUGGCGGGGCGAGGGGAGGAGGAGGCAGCGACGCGCACUACAGGGGCGUGAGGAAGCGGCCGUGGGGCAGGUACGCGGCCGAGAUCCGCGACCCGUGGAAGAAGACGCGGGUGUGGCUGGGCACGUUCGAUACCCCCGUGGAGGCCGCCCUCGCGUACGACCGCGCCGCGCGCACCCUCCGCGGCGCCAAGGCCAAGACCAACUUCCCCGACAACGCCGGCGGCCACCUCCACCGCAGCCAACACCUCCACCUGGCAACACUCCCGCGGCAGCCUCCGCCGCAGGCCGUCAUGUUCGGCGGCGUCGGCCUCGACUGCCCUUCCCCGUGGCAUUUCGUCUACUUGCAGCCCCCGGCAGCCGACGCCACGACGCAUCCGGCCGCCGCACCGCCGCCGUCGACCGCGCUGGAGCUCGGCACGGGCCCCAGCCGGGGCGGCCUGCCGUUCGACCUCAACGUGGCGCCGUCGUGCUGAUGCCCGGAUCGUGACGCGGCGGCUGCCGAGGUGGUGAGCAGGUGAGGUGAGGACCGGGCGAGGGGAGCGCGGAGCACUGGUCCGGCUAGCUGUACAUAGCUAUUUAAGGAAAGUUGAGCCCUGUCUCUGUUGGGCUCGCUCCUCUGUUCUCGUUUAAGCGUUGCCAUUUCCGGUACCCUGUGUCGGCAAAUGGCGGGUGGAGCCGUAGAGAGUGGAUGCUUGUUUCACCUCGGGCAGUGGUGGCGUUUAGCGCGGUGGAAGGGGCAGCAGGUUCGGCUGGGUGCCUGGAUGCUCGAUUCGCAGGCACUGACGGCGCGCCGCGAGGGCGCUCUCGUGCGGUCGUCGUGCGCGCCCACUGCCCGGGCUGCUGUACUUUUUUUCGGCCAGGCGCUCGCGACAGGGAAGUGUUACUUCGUGCA